UGGUGGAGGAAUUUGUCUCGACCCGAAAAAUCCUCUUUUCUCGCUGCUCGAUUGCGGCAGCAGCGGCGACGACGGGGGACGGCGGCAUCCCUCCAUGACCACAGCGGCUUCGCUGUUCCUGGUGCCACAUCUGCUCAUCAAGCCCUCCUUCAGGUGCCUCUCCAGAAAGACGAUGAUGUUCCUGGGGGAAACUGAGGUGCAGGGCGUCGGCAGGUAUGGCGGAAUCAAGGUGUACCCGGUGCUCAGGGACGACGGCGCUGACUAUCUGAAGGACAACGGCCCCUGGGAGGCCCUGUUCCAUGUGGACGACCCUGGGCCAAGGGUUCCGAUCGAGUUGGGCAAGUUCCUGGACACCAAGCAGGUGCUCGACGUCAUCCGCUUCACAUCCAGUACUGCGACUGGAGGGCCCAGCAGGACCUGCUCACCAUCAUUUGUGCUCCACAACAAGGUGGUGGAGGUUCUGAAUCCUUUAGCGAGAGACUUCAAGUCCGUCGGAAACUUGAGGAAAGAUCUUGCCGGGUUACAGGAGGGCCUAGCAAAAGCUCAGAACCAGGUAGGAGUAUGUUGUUUUGAAGUUUGUUUCAUUUCAAAAUAUUCCAAGUGUCAAAAUUUAGCACAUCAUGUUCUGCUUGCUGCAAUGGGUUUCAAGUUUCAAAUAUUCCAUAGACAUACGGUAAGUUUAGCAUUGAGGAGUAUGGUUCAUCUACCAGCUUUGAAAUGAUCAUACGACACAUGCCCUAUCCAGGAUCAAAGAUGCCCUAUCCAAUUUCUAAUU